AAUCACCCAAGUUCAUCAGGAAAUGACAGGGACCAGUGCUCUUCACUUGUCUUUCUCCCACCCAAUUUUGCAACUGAAAAGUUCAUACUCCUAGAAAUGUCAGGAAAUGCAGACACCAGCCCCGAAAACAGCUCCGAGACCAUCUAUUACCCAGCUUUAUUGGGAAGUAUCAGGGGCUCAGAUACUGACUCUUCAUCUCUCCCACUCCUGCCCAAUUUUGCACUUGACAAAGUUAUGCUUGUCGAAAUGCCGGAAAAAGCAGAAACCAGCCUGGAAAACAGCUGUCAGACGGUGUAUUACCAAACUUCAUUGGGAAAUGACACUGGCCCAGAUCCUGCCUCUUCAUCUCAAUCCGUCCCACCCAGUUUUGAAAUGAUGGGCAAAGAAGAAACCAGCCUGGAAAAUAACACUAAGAUGACAAAUUGCCCACCUGUAUUGGAAAAUGACAGUGGUCAAGAUACUUCAGCAUAUUUCUUCAUCCCUUCCAGUUUUGGGUAUCUCGGUGAUCCAAAAAGGAAUGUCAGGGUGCUUGAUGCUCAUUUGCUGACUGCACAAAGGAAGGCUAAUCCUAGGCAUGCAGUCCGCUACCUGAUUCAUAUUUUGUUCUCCAAGGAAAUUCUGACGGACGGCUGGGUAGGUGUCAAUUCCCAAGGCCUCCGACCUCUAGAUGCAAACAAAAUGGCUGCAUUAAGAGAACAUCUGCAAUCAGUUUUUCCCGACUAUGAUUUGCGUGAAUAUGGAAAUUACUGGCAAACCUGUAUUGCCGAUAUCAAUUCUCUGAUCAGCUGUUUGCGUUCUGAAGCCAACACAAUACGACAGAAAGCUGGUGACAACAGUAAAGGCCCUACCAAUCCUGAUACACCAGUGGCUGCAGAUUUGAACGGUACGAGGUAUGGUAAAGGCAGUGAAAGCAGUUCCCAGUUAUCUCAGCAAGCAGCUGCCUCAGAAACAAGAGGAAAUGGGAAUUCUCAGCAGAACAGCAGCGCUUGCCCCAAAGGAAUUAAAGAACAUUCCACUGAUAAUUCAUUGGUAUCUUACGAAGCAUUGGAAUAUCUUGGAAAUCCAGAUAGAAAUAUCCAGUUGCCGCAUUCAGUGCUAAGUAUGGCAAAAGUGAAGUCUCGCCCAGAGCUGUCAGCCAUAUACUUAAUUCGCAACCUGUUCACAGAGGAAGUCCUGAUAAGAAGUAACAUCUAUGGCAGCUUGGGGCAUGGCUUGUAUGCCCUUAAUCCGAAUAGGAUUAACGCCCUUCGAGAAUUUCUUGGAGACGCCUACCCAACCUGCGAUCUAUCAGAAAGUGGAUAUGACUGGAAGUUGUGUGUGACAGCUAUCAAUAGUUGUAUCCGUAGUCUUAGAUGUGACUUCAAGAAGUCCACAUCCAAAGCAUAGCCGCUUCCAGCAACAAACCCUUUAACAGAGUCAGAGCCAAGAGAUAUUGACUGA